UCCGCUUCAUUCGACCGACACCGCUUCGGAUCUUCCUUUAGCUUCUCCAUAGCUGCUUUAGUUCAGUUCCUUUACAGCUUGCUAUCUUCCCCUUAUCGCAAUCUUCGUCGGAUAGAGUCUCCUGCUCUCUAUUCUUAUCUCAAGGCGUAGCGGUAACUUGCUAGAGAAACGAAACAUAUUUUUAAGGUUUUGAAGCACCGGAGCUCCACGAAACCGACACCAUGAAGCUUAUGAGACACUUAGUAUUCGCCGCCCUGCUCGGCCUCAGCAUCGCCAGCAACCUUUCUUAUCUCCCACCUACCAACGGGUUCAACGGCAACGGCGCCAACGGAAACGGAAUUAAUGGGAAUGGAUACUCUAAUGGAAAUGGCGUCAACGGCAACGGCGUCAAUGGAAACGGUGUCAACGGCAAUGGUUACACCAAUGGUAACGGCGUUAACGGUAACGGAGUUAACGGCAUCGGUUACACCAACGGAAACGGAGUGAAUGGCAAUGGUUACACCAACGGCGUUAACGGUAACGGUUAUACUAAUGGCGUCAACGGCAAUGGAGUGAACGGGAACGGUUACACCAACGGCAACGGCGCUGUCAACGGCAACGGUUACACCAACGGCAACGGCGCUGUCAACGGCAAUGGGGCUGUCAACGGCAACGGUUACACCAACGGAGUUAACGGCAACGGGGCUGUGAAUGGCAAUGGGGCUGUCAACGGCAACGGUUACACCAACGGAAUCAACGGCAAUGGCGCUGUCAACGGAAAUGGUUACACCAACGGCAACGGCGCUGUCAACGGCAACGGGGCUGUCAACGGCAACGGUUACACCAACGGAGUUAACGGCAACAGUUACACCAACGGAGUCAACGGCAACGGGGCUGUCAACGGAGUCAACGGCAACGGGGCUGUCAACGGCAACGGUUACACCAACGGAGUUAACGGCAACGGGGGCUAUCAACGGCAACGGUUACACCAACGGAGUCAACGGCAACGGUUACACGGCAACGGAGCUGUCAACGGCAACGGUUACACCAACGGAGUCAACGGCAACGGGGCUGUCAACGGAGUCAACGGCAACGGGGCUGUCAACGGCAACGGUUACACCAACGGCAACGGUUAUACCAACGGAAUCAACGGUAACGGUGCUGUCAACGGCAACGGUUUUACCAACGGCAAUGGUGCUGUCAAUGGCAACGGUUACACCAAUGGCAAUGGCGCUGUCAACGGUAAUGGUUAUACCAACGGAGUCAACGGCAACGGCGCUGUCAACGGCAACGGUUACACCAACGGCAACGGUGCUGUCAACGGCAACGGCUACACCAACGGCGUCAAUGGCAACGGUGCUAUCAACGGGUACGGCGUGGACCCCAUCACCGCUCUCAGCAGUGCCAUCGGCGGCGGCGGCGUGGCUGGCGUCGACUACCCCAUCCUUGCUUCCGUGCCCGUCACCGCCUUCACCUGCGCUGGUCAGAUCCCCGGGUACUACGCCGACACCGCUCCCGAGGCUGGGUGCCAGGUGUUCCACAUCUGCCAAGCUGACGGCCGCCAGGACUCCUUCCUCUGCCCCAACGGCACCGUGUUCAACCAGCAGUACUUCGUGUGUGACUGGUGGUACAACUUCGACUGCUCCACCGCCGCCCAGUUCUACGGCCUCAACGCCAACAUCGGAGUCGUCACCGGCGCCAACGGAUAUGCCAACGGUGUUAACGGAAUUCUAAAUGGUAACGGACUCAACGGCAAUGGCUAUGCCAACGGCAACGGAGUGAAUGGAAACGGCUACACCAACGGCAACGGUGUCAACGGUAACGGCUAUACUAAUGGCGUCAACGGCAAUGGAGUGAACGGCAACGGCGCAGUUAACGGAAACGGUUACACCAACGGAGUUAACGGCAACGGGAACGGUUAUACCAACGGUAACGGCGCUGUCAACGGCAACGGAGUGAAUGGAAAUGGCUACACUAACGGCAACGGUGCUGUCAACGGCAACGGUUACACCAGUGGAAUCAACGGCAACGGCGCUGUCAACGGCAACGGUUACACCAACGGAAUCAACGGCAACGGCGCUGCUAACGGCAACGGUUACACCAACGGCAAUGGUGCUGUCAACGGCAACGGUUUUACCAAUGGUGUUAAUGGCAACGGCGCUGUCAACGGUAACGAUUACACCAACGGAGUCAAUGGCAACGGCGCUGUCAACGGCAACGGUUACACCAACGGAGUCAACGGCAAUGGUGCUGUCAACGGCAACGGUUUUACCAACGGUGUUAAUGGCAACGGCGCUGUCAACGGCAACGGUUACACCAACGGCAACGGCGCUGUCAACGGCAACGGUUACACCAACGGAAUUAACGGCAACGGCGCUGUCAACGGCAACGGUUACACCAACGGCAACGGCGCUACCAACGGCAACGGUUACACCAACGGCAACGGCGCUGUUAACGGCAACGGUUACACCAACGGAGUCAACGGCAACGGUGCUGUUAACGGCAACGGUUACACCAACGGCAAUGGCGCUGUCAACGGCAACGGGCUGAGCAUUCCUGUUCCCUCCUCUCCGUCAGGACUUUACCAAACACCGGUUGUGUAGACACGUUCCCCUCACGUCUUCUCCUCCUCCACCUACUCCACCCAGCUCCUCCUCCUUCCCCCUUAUUUCCCCCAUGCCUUCCUCUUCCUCCUCUUAUACAGUACCAAGCACCAGUCUUACAAAUAUUAUCUUGAUCCAUUUCAUCCGCAGCUUAGUGAAAUGGUGACUUCUCUCUCUCCCCUCGACAGUCCGCGCCCUGCCGCCAGAGGGCCAGGAAGAAGCCAUAGUAUUUAGCGUACCUGUGUGAGCUCCGCGUGCGUGGUCCGUGUACUUGGUGACACACACAGACACACAUACACAGUUGCUUUAACAUUUACAUAAUAUCACUAAAAUAUUUAUUGUUUCAAAAUUAUUAUUAUUAUUAUUAUUAUUAUUAUUAUUAUUAUUAUUAUUAUUAUUAUUAUUAUUAUUAUUAUUAUUAUUAUUAUUGCUAUAAACUACUACUACUACUACUACUACUGCUGCUACCACCACCACUACUACUACUACUACUACUACUACUACUACUACUACUACUACUACUACCACCCCUUAGCACUAAAUUAUAUGCCUUCAUUUCCCAGAACACAUUAUUUAUAUUAAUGCAAAAAGAUUUCCAAGCUGAAUGAUCGCCCUUCUGUCUUCUGUCGGCAAGUGAAAGCUCCUGCUGCCCCCAGUGCCACAACACACGUCACGAUGCACGAGUGACCCAAACACGGACCAAGAGUAAUAUGUGACUUGCGUAGCUUUUAUUUAUGUAUUGCCAAAUGAAAAAAACAAAAAAAUAAAAUAUGUAACUAAUAA